AUGGAAGCGUUGACCCCGGACGCGAGGCACCAAAAAGUCGCCGUCGACGUCAGGACAAUGGGGCCUCGCGCGAUGGUCCCCGCUCUCGGCGCGAUGCUAUCUCCGCCGCCAGUGAGCCGGCGAGGCGUCCGCGCCAAAUCGCUCGGAUGCCUAAUCAGUUGUGGGACAACUGACGCGGCCCGAGCUCUAAUUAUUCAACACCCCAACUGCGAACGGUGCGUUGAGCGGAUGAGGUUUUAUUCUCGCUCACGGCUCGGCGCGGAGUGUGUGGCGCGAUUAUUAUCGCCGCGCCGAGUAGACUUUUUGUCGGCUGGUUCGUUAGUCGGCGCGAGGUGGCGCCGCUACGGCACUCGUGCUCGAGUGCGCUCCUCCAACUCUUUAACUGCCUACAUGAAGGACACUCCACCGUGCACUCUCCUAUUA